UGCACAUCGAGGACUGAUACAUUUUUCAACAUGAUGUUCUAUUACAUGAGCGUAUGGCUUAUUGUAGCCAAGUGUCUGCUGGCCGAUGCAGCAAGUAAUCCAACAGAUAGCAUAUUCUUUCGUUUGUAUAACAGGAAUGGCACUUUUCUCGAUGUAAAUGUACGAAAUGCAACAGAAUUGGUGCCGCAGUUGAUCAGCAAUGAAACGUUAGAUAUAUACAUCCAUGGUUUUGGAGAAACCGUAAACUCUGAAGGCGCUAGGUUGGUGACGGAGGUAAUUGCACUUGAUUACCGAGAGGUCGCUAAUAUGAGCUAUUUGGACGCCGUUUCAUUAGUUGACGCUGUCGGUGCGACUGUAGCUAAUGCAUUAAACACUAUAGUGACUUCUGAUGCGAACGUUACAGUUGUACAUUUGAUCGGACACUCCUUGGGUAGUGAAGUUGCAGGAUCUGUGGGACGUCAGACAAAUUUCACAGUUGCCAGGAUAACAGGUUUGGAUCCUGCUGGGCCUCUGUUUUACCUGCUCAACACUCAUUUGUCGACGAGCGACGCCGAUUUCGUCGAUAUUAUACAUACUGAUAUGGGUGUUUACGGGUUGGCUUUGUCAAUAGGUCACGCUGAUUUCUUUCCAAACAACGGUGUCAGAGUGCAGCCUGGCUGCCCGUUGCAUACGACCUUACUGUCACCACCAGAUUACUGCAGUCAUCAUAGAUCCUACGUAUUCUACGCGGAAUCAGUGGGAAACAACGAGUUCAUAGGUGCUAAUUGUUCCAGAACUUUAGUUUUCUUCCCAGAAAGAUGUAACCGAAAUGUAACUGCUCUCAUGGGUUACGGUACUCCACCCAAUACGAGAGGCAACUAUUUUCUCACAACAAACGCACAAUGUCCUUUCUUUCGAGGGCUAAAUGGAAUACAAGGUCUUCCUGGUAUUAGCGCAGUUUAA